CUCCCCUUUUUUCUGUCGACCUGGCUCUGAGCGAAGCCUCCCUCUGGGGAACUGCAGAGCCGAGGUGGGACAAGAGUUCUGCUGGAAGAGAGAGAGAGCGAGCGAGCGAGCGCAAGGGGAAGCCGGAGGCGGACCGUCGAAUCUCCCCCCUAACACACACUCGCCGUCUCCAGGAGGAGGAGGAGGAGGUGAAGAAGAAGCAGCGGACUGAGGAGAGGCAGCCGGCGGACACACACGCACACAUACUAGGGAAGGGAAGCCGAGACAGACACACAGGCUGUGCGUCACCCCCACGUUAUGGAUCAUUACGACGAAGAGCAGGUCUACAUGCAGCAGCAGGACGACUGGGACCGGGACAUGCUCCUGGAUCCCGCCUGGGAGAAGCAGCAGCGAAAGACGUUCACAGCUUGGUGCAACUCCCACUUGAGAAAAGCCGGCACGCAGAUCGAGAACAUCGAAGAGGACUUUCGGGACGGUCUGAAACUCAUGCUCCUGCUGGAGGUCAUUUCGGGGGAACGUCUGGCCAAACCCGAGCGAGGCAAGAUGAAAGUGCACAAGAUCUCCAACGUGAACAAAGCGCUGGACUUCAUCGCCGGCAAAGGUGUCAAGCUGGUGUCCAUCGGCGCCGAGGAAAUUGUCGACGGCAAUGCCAAGAUGACGCUGGGAAUGAUCUGGACCAUCAUCCUCCGCUUUGCCAUCCAAGACAUUUCCGUUGAAGAGACGUCCGCCAAGGAAGGCCUCCUGCUGUGGUGCCAGCGCAAGACGGCGCCCUACAAGAACGUCAACAUUCAGAACUUUCACAUCAGUUGGAAAGAUGGUUUGGGCUUCUGUGCGCUUAUUCAUCGGCACCGCCCGGAGCUCAUCGACUAUGGGAAACUACGCAAGGACGACCCCAUGACCAACCUGAACACAGCCUUCGAAGUUGCCGAGAAGUACUUGGAUAUUCCCAAGAUGUUGGAUGCCGAAGACAUUGUGGGCACUGCCCGUCCGGACGAGAAGGCCAUCAUGACCUACGUGUCUAGCUUCUACCACGCCUUCUCGGGCGCCCAGAAGGCGGAGACGGCGGCCAACAGGAUCUGCAAGGUGCUGGCUGUCAAUCAAGAGAAUGAGAAGCUGAUGACCGACUAUGAGAAGCUGGCCAGUGAUCUGUUGGAGUGGAUCCGCCGCACCAUCCCAUGGCUGGAGAACCGCGUGCCUGAGAACACCAUGCAGGCCAUGCAGCAGAAGCUGGAGGACUUUCGAGACUACCGCCGGCUACACAAGCCGCCCAAAGUGCAGGAGAAGUGCCAGCUGGAGAUCAACUUCAACACGCUGCAGACCAAGCUGAGGCUCAGCAACCGGCCCGCCUUCAUGCCCUCCGAGGGCCAGAUGGUGUCGGACAUCAACAACGCCUGGGGCAACCUGGAGGGCGCCGAAAAGGGCUACGAGGAGUGGCUCCUCAACGAGAUCCGCCGCCUGGAGAGACUGGACCACUUGGCCGAGAAGUUCCGACAGAAAGCGGCCAUCCACGAAGGCUGGACACAAGGCAAGGACGAGAUGCUUCAGCGCAAAGACUUUGAGACGGCGUCGCUGUCGGAAAUCAAGGCGUUGCUGAAGAAGCACGAAGCCUUUGAGAGCGACUUGGCUGCCCAUCAGGACCGCGUGGAGCAGAUUGCGGCCAUCGCGCAGGAGUUGAAUGAGCUGGAUUACUACGACUCGCCAAAUGUAAACAAUCGCUGCCAGAGAAUUUGUGACCACUGGGAUGCCCUUGGGGCUAUGACCAAGCAACGUAGUGAAGCACUCCAGAGAACAGAAAAACUUCUGGAAACCAUCGAUCAGUUGUACCUGGAGUUCGCAAAGAGAGCAGCACCAUUCAACAACUGGAUGGAGGGUGCCAUGGAGGAUCUACAGGACUCCUUCAUAGUCCAUACCAUUGAGGAAAUCCAAGGACUCAGCACGGCCCACGAGCAGUUCAAGGCCACGUUGCCCGAGGCGGACAAAGAGCGCCAGGCCAUCCUGGGCAUCCAUAAUGAGAUCGCCAAGAUCAUGCAGACGUACCACGUCAAUAUGUCCGGCAUCAACCCUUACACCACCAUCAACCCUCAGGAGAUCAACGCCAAGUGGGACAAGGUACGACAGCUGGUUCCUCAGCGUGACCAGGCCUUGAUUGAGGAGCACGCCCGGCAGCAGAACAACGAGCGUCUGCGGCGCCAGUUCGCCGGCCAAGCCAACGUCAUCGGGCCUUGGAUCCAGACCAAGAUGGAGGAAAUCGGUUACAUCUCAAUGGAACUGCACGGCACGCUGGAGGACCAGUUGGCGCACCUGCGGCAGUAUGAGAAGAGUAUCGUCAACUACAUGCCCAAGAUUGAGCAGUUGGAAGGAGACCACCAGCUCAUCCAGGCCGCGCUGAUCUUUGACAACAAGCACACCAACUACACCAUGGAGCACAUCCGUGUGGGCUGGGAGCAACUUCUGACCACCAUCGCUCGUACCAUCAACGAGAUCGAGAACCAGAUCCUGACGCGAGACGCCAAAGGCAUCAGCCAGGAGCAGCUCAACGAGUUCAGGGCCUCCUUCAACCACUUUGACAGGGACCACUCGGGCACGCUGGGGGCCGAGGAGUUCAAGGCCUGCCUGAUCAGCCUCGGCUUCGAUAUCUCCAACGACGCCCAGGUACUUCUUGAACUCAUCUCACCUUUUUGUUUUGUUUUUUUCCUUUCCUCCCUGCUUUUCCUUUCGUCCUCUUUCGACGGUUUCCCCUUUGCUUCCUUUUCUCUUUUUCUGUCUUUUUUCCCUUCCCGUCCGUCGCUCGCCCCUUAUAUAGAAGAGAACGGGAGUGAUGGAUGCAGACGACUUCAAGUCCUGCCUUAUCUCCGUCGGUUACAAUCUGGGCGAGAACGAGUUUGCCCGCAUCAUGAGCAUUGUGGACCCCAACCGCAUGGGCGUGGUCACCUUCCAGGCCUUCAUCGACUUCAUGUCACGCGAGACGGCCGACACAGACACGGCCGACCAGGUCAUGGCCUCCUUCAAAGUCCUGGCAGGAGACAAGAACUACAUCUUGGUGGACGAGUUGCGGCGCGAGCUGCCCCCGGACCAGGCGGAGUACUGCAUAGCCCGCAUGGCCCCGUACACGGGCCCCGAUGGCGUGCCCGGGGCCCUCGACUACAUGUCCUUCUCCACCGCCCUUUACGGCGAGAGCGACCUUUGAACUCUCUCCGCCUCCCCGCCCUUUACCCGCCCACUUUUUUUUUUUUUUUUGUAUGUUUCUGGCCUUAUAUUGUUUUGCCCUCACAAGUUGUGCUCCCCCCCCAUGCCAAGCAGUUUACACAGAGAAAAACGUGUUAUGUUUUUAUUUUCUUGUUGUUGUCCUCGUUCAUAAAGAUAUAAAGUUAACAUAUUUUAUAAUACUGAACAAAAAAAAAAAAAAGGUAUUUUUCUUCACCUGGUUAAGAGUGAGAGAUGGAAAUUGUAAUAAAGAAAAAUUGCUUUCAUGUCUGUUUAUUCUCAGCUAUUUACAUAAAAUAUAUUAUUACAGUCAUCAAACACAAUAGGUAUAGAUUUUUUGUGAUUUCUUUGGGGGGCAUUUUUGUGUUAAAAGAAUUUUCUGAGACAAAAAGUGGCACCAAAUAUAGAACUUUAAGUAGACUUUCUACAAGGCAUGAUUCGCAAAGCAAAAUAUCCAUUUUUUUGUGGUCUGCUACUGCCAUUUUGUGAAUAAAUUGCUGUUUCUAAAUAGA